UCAAUGUUGUGUCAACUUCAGGAGUUUAGUUUAGUAAACGUUUCCAUUGGCAUUUUAAUUUUUACUGCUUGUUUCAGCCGAUUUAAAGGUAAACAUCAUUAAAAUGGGCAACGAUAAAAGGCGUCGUUCGCAUUCAAGGGAGCGUCGGGAUCGGGACCGUGAUAGAGAGCGCGAACGUGAACGAGAUCGUGAUAGGGAUCAUGAGCGCGACCGCGACCGUGAUCGUGGUCGUGACCGGGAACGCGAUAAGGAUCGUAUUAGACCCCGUUCUCGGUCUCGUGGCCGUGAUCGUGAUAAGCCCACCGAAAGGCGACGUCUGGAAGAAAAGUUUAAAGACGAAAAGGAAGAAAAAAAGCCAAAUAUAAAAGAUGAAUUGGAAAUGGAAGACGUCAAAAUGAGAGAUGAUAAAACGAAAUUGGGCAAAAAGGAACCACUUUCACUUGAAGAACUACUUGAAAAGAAGAAAAAGGAAGAGGAAACCCGAAGUAAACCUGUAUUUUUAACGAAAGAACAGCGAGCUGCUGAAGCACUGAAGCGGCGCCAAGAAGAAGUCGCUGCCAUGCGUAGCGCUCAAAGCGCUGCUAAUGCCGCAGCUAUUGCCGGUAAUGAAAGUGCUAAUAAUUCAUUGGGGAUACCGACGACUCAUCUCAAAAAUGAAAGAAUGGAUAGGAAAGAUCGUGAACGAGAGUACGAUCGUCGUGAUAAGGAGAAAGGGCGUGAUCGUGAUCGUGACCGAGAGCGUGAUAGGGACCGUGAGAGAGAUCGAGAUAAGGAGAGAGAUAGAGACAGCAAACGUGCUGAAGACCUUUCACAUAAGGACAAAGAAAAGGAGUUGGAAGCUAUACGUGAACGUUAUUUAGGUAUUGUGAAGAAAAAACGUCGAGUUCGCCGACUUAAUGAUCGCAAAUUUGUAUUCGAUUGGGAUGCUGGAGAGGAUACUUCCAUUGAUUACAAUAACUUAUACAAGGAACGACAUCACGUACAGUUUUUCGGUCGAGGUAAUGUGGCAGGUAUUGACAUCAAGGAACAGAAACGUACGCAAAGUAAAUUCUACGGAGACUUGCUAGAGAAACGUCGAACAGAAGCCGAAAAAGAACAAGAAAAGGUACGUCUUAAGAAGGUGAAACGUAAAGAAGAUAAACAAAAAUGGGAUGAUCGUCAUUGGUCCGAAAAAGCAAUUGACGAAAUGACCGAACGUGAUUGGCGUAUUUUCCGAGAAGAUUAUAAUAUCACAAUUAAAGGUGGUAAGAUACCGAAUCCCAUACGAAGUUGGGCCGAGUCAGGCUUCCCUAAGGAAAUCAUAGAAAUUAUUGAUAAAGUGGGAUACAAAGAACCAACCCCUAUUCAAAGGCAGGCAAUACCAAUUGGUUUACAAAAUCGGGAUAUUAUCGGUGUAGCUGAAACCGGCUCAGGAAAAACUUUAGCUUUCCUUAUACCACUGUUAUCCUGGAUUCAAUCGCUUCCUAAAAUUGAGCGGCUCGAAGACGCAGACCAGGGACCAUAUGCUAUCAUUAUGGCACCAACACGCGAGUUGGCUCAACAAAUUGAAGAAGAGACUAUUAAAUUUGGUCAGCCAUUGGGUAUACGAACGGUAGUAGUGGUAGGAGGUCUGUCACGUGAAGAGCAAGGUUUUCGCUUGCGACUUGGUUGCGAAAUCGUCAUUGCUACACCUGGUCGUUUGAUCGAUGUGCUGGAAAACCGAUAUCUUGUUUUGAGCCAAUGUACAUAUAUUGUACUGGAUGAAGCAGAUCGAAUGAUUGAUAUGGGUUUUGAACCUGAUGUGCAAAAGAUUCUAGAAUAUAUGCCGGUAACAAAUUUAAAACCCGAUACCGAGGAAGCUGAAGACGCAAGCAAACUAAUGGAAAACUUCUACUCUAAAAAGAAAUAUAGGCAAACUGUGAUGUUUACCGCUACUAUGCCACCAGCUGUAGAACGUUUGGCAAGAUCUUAUUUGCGAAGACCUGCCACUGUUUAUAUCGGCUCAGUAGGCAAGCCAACUGAGCGUACAGAGCAAAUCGUAUUUAUGAUGGGUGAACACGACAAGCGCAAGAAACUGAUGGAAAUACUCUCCAAAGGAAUUGAACCACCAGUUAUUAUUUUCGUUAAUCAAAAGAAGGGUGCGGAUGUGCUCGCCAAGGGGUUGGAGAAAUUGGGUUACAAUUCGUGUACACUACACGGUGGUAAAGGUCAAGAACAGCGUGAAUAUGCACUUGCGGCACUUAAGUCUGGAGCCAAAGACAUGUUGGUGGCUACAGAUGUUGCUGGUCGUGGUAUUGAUAUCAAAGAUGUGUCUUUGGUCAUCAACUAUGAUAUGGCGAAAACAAUAGAGGAUUACACGCAUCGUAUUGGUCGUACAGGACGUGCAGGCAAAAAUGGUGUGGCUAUUUCGUUCGUUACCAAAGAUGACAGUGCACUAUUCUAUGAUCUUAAGCAAUGCGUAACGGCUAGUCCUGUAUCCAUCUGCCCACCAGAACUCAUGAAUCAUCCAGAUGCCCAACAUAAGCCUGGCACUGUGGUGACAAAGAAGAGACGAGAAGAGAAAAUAUUUGCUUAAGGCUAAGGAAAAAGUAAUAAUUUGGACAUUUUUACAAAUUUUGGCAAAAGAUUUUAAAUAAGAAGGUCGCUAAUAUUACAUACUUCAGAGUGGGUUAAAAAAAUUUUAAUAAAUUAAAUUUGAAAUACAAAAA